AUGCCGCGGCUGGUCGCGGCUUGCGGAACAAGGGCCAGACUGGACCCCGGGUGGGGGUCCGGGGACGGGUUUGGAGAGUUGCUUGGUCCGGGGCAUGGCAAGAAGAUGGCUUUUUGUGAGAAGGUCCGCAGGGGAGCCCCGGCCCCUACGGCCAAGCUGACUAGCCAUACCCCGCUGCCCAUCAGCCCUGCCGCGGUGGAGGACGCCCGCCGCUUCCUGGAGGCGCUCUUCCGCUCCGAGGUCCGCCGCUUGGAAACGGAUUUGCGCAACGGCCCUGGCGCUUCCGAGAUCCGCCGAGGCGCGGUCACCAGCGCGGCGGCCGACGCGGCGCUCACGCUGCUGCUGGCCGGCGACGGCGGGCUGAACGUGGUGCAGGUGGAGUUCUCAGAGGACGCGGCGUUCCUGAACCUGGACGCGCUGCCCAAGGGCUGGAGCUACAGCGUGCAGGAGCAGGCAUUCUACCUGGACUACGAGGAUGGCUUCGUGGCUGGCGAGCUGAGCGAGAAGAACAUGAACGCUGAGGACAAAGCCAAGUUCGCAGAGGCGAAGCGCGCGGAGCUGCAGAGCUUCUUUGACAACCAGGUCUGGGAGCAGGACAAGAACGAGGUGAAGGACCCCAACAAGGUGCACUACAGCCUGAUGCUCGACCCGACUCGGGAUCCGAGGUUGAACGGCACCAUGACGGUGCUGGGCAAGAGUGCGCUCGUGGUGGACGCGAAGGCUCUGUACGACGCGGCCCAGAAGCCCCACGUGCACAACUUCGACGACAAGCGGACGGGCAUCGAGGUGCAGGUGCUGAAGGAGCGCAUGACAGCGAGCGCGACGGGCUGGUACUGGGUCAGCUCUGAGCGCCAGUUCGCAGACGGCUUCACCAAGCUGGCAGCGCGACAACUACUGGCCGAUCGACUGAGGACGGGUACGAUCAGCCUGAAGUUCGACGAGAAGUUUCAGGCCGCUAAGAAGAAGACGGCCAAGGACCGACAGGAGGAGGCCAAGCGUUUUGCCACAUCCAGACCGAAGAUGAGUACCAAGGACGUGGCGGCGAUGGCAUCUCUGACGGGGACAGCAGCCAGCCAGGUGGAUACCUACAAGGACAAGAUCGAGACGGCCCUGGUGGAGUUCGAGUGGACCGACAGCCCGAAGAUGUGGACGGAGAAGCCGGUCCCGGCUCUUCCAGAGCCAGAGCCUGAGAAGGAGCGUGUACAGACCAAGGCCCCGAAGGAGAAGAAGGUGAAGCUGAGUUCCAUCAAGUGGGACGUCGGUUGCCAGGGCCCGGCCACCUACACGCGGGACGGAGCCAGCGCGAGCUUCAGGCUGGCCCUGCCACCUGCGGACGCGCACGUGGGGCGCGCGUCGGGCGCGCGGAGUGGCACCGCCGCCAAGUUGUCGAGCAAGGGGAGCGUGCGCAGGUGGUUCGCCAGCAAGUUCCCUAAGUGGCCGUACCCGUUCCUCUCGGACGCCGAGCUGGACGCGCUAGCGCAGCGCCCCGCGCGCAGCGUGCCGCCCUUCGCCUACUGCGGCCCUGCGCUGCACCUCGGCUCCAGGGCCGCGCUGGUGGGCGACGCGAUCCACGCCAUGAAGCCAUACGUCGGCCUGGGCGUCAAUUCUGGACUGGAGGACGUUUCCGUCCUGGACAACUGCCUCUGGAGGGCUGAUGGCGGCUUGAGCCAGGCGCUCGCCGCCUUCUCGGCGCAGCGCGCGCCCGACGCCCGGAGCCUCGUGGAGAUGCAGCACGGGCUGGACCAGCCGGGCCGGCUCAGGACGCUGCUCUUCGUCGUGGGCCCCGCCAAGGUGGACGCGCUCUGCUGCAGGCUGCUGCCCUCGGUCUUCUCGCCGAGCGUCUUCAAGCUCUUCGACGGCUGCAGCCUGCCCUUCGCCCAGAUCCAGGUGAUGAAGCGCAGGGACCGGAAGCUGCAGCUCGCGGUGCUCGCGCUGGCCGUCGUGGUCUCGGGCGUGUCGUUCGGCAGGCUCGUCUACCUCGUGCGCACGUUCCUCCUCUGGCCGCUGAUCGAGGCGCUGCUCUUCGGGUGA